CGCUAAGUUUGGAAGUGCGGAGAUUCCCCGAGUACCGAUCGACGUUGUGGUUGUAGCAACAACGAUACCUCGUUUUCAAUCAGCAAAGAAUUAAGUUAGUCCGACAAAUAAUGUUAGUUAUGUGAGAAGUUUCUGGCGAUAACAUAAUUUUAUAAUUCUCACUCGUAUUUUCCACAGAAGCACAGCGUCUGUGGAUCGUAACAUAACUCAUAAGGGCGUACGACCGUUACGAAUACGAGCUUUCAUGCAGUAGACGAUUAAUUAAAGAUUAAAGUUAAUGACGGUUAUGCUAGGCAAUAAGUAUUGUAUAGAGAGUUUGCAGGAUGACCUGGCAGAUGUUCAAGCAACAGUACACGAGGUGCUUUCGUACACAGGACCACUGCCAACAGCAUCCUGGAAGUACCCAAACCAAGAAUCAUGCUCACUGCGUCUAGAUGAGUUGUUGCCUCAGCUUCAAUAUGAACCAAAAGACGAGAUGCAUAGCACCAUGGCUCAUGCUACCCUGCUAGAAUUACUUAUUGAUAGGUUUCUCCUCUUAUUUCAACUGGAGGCAGCAUAUAUUGACUCGGCUAGCAUUUGUGCCGUGGGGGAAACACAGAGCAUACUGGGGAAGUCUGUGGGUCUCGCUGUUAAGCGUCACUGGGAAAAGCUGCACCCUCUUUGCUCCGGCAUAACACUGUGGAAAUCAGAGACAAAGAGGCAGAGCUUGACCGGCUGUAGUCCAUUACAAGUGCUUGCAGCACCAUCUACGAGGGCUAGCUCUCCAGGCAUCUCUAAGGAUUGGUGCAGCAAGUCGUCACAGACGGAGGAAACUCUCCUUGUACCAUGUGAUGCCUGUAUGAGCGUUCAACGAAACCUCAGACAGGUUGGUCGCACGCUGGUGCGUGCGUGCAGCGAACACGACCUACCCUCGGCCCUCGCUAGACUUACUUGGGGCGUGGACAAUAGGGAGUGGAUGAACGCGAGUCAUGUCGUCCGGUGGUGCGUGGAACAGGACAAAGACGUGACCUUGCUCUCUUCUCAUUUCAAGUCGAUGCAAGAGGUGGAUGAUCAACUAAGGUCACAACUCAUGGAGGCUCAGCGCGAAUGUAAGAAGCUCAAGGAGAAUCUCAGAGCAGAAGAAGAGACGCGAGGAAUCCAGUUGAAACAACACCAAGCAAAAUUGAGCAGCAGAGAGCAUCUGUGGGCAGAGGAAAAAUCAAAGCUGCAAACUCAGUUGCUUGCUGUCGAGAAAGACAGGAACGCAUUGCAGGCUGGUCUUCUCCAACAUCAACAGUUAGAAGCAUCCCUGCAGCAGCAAGUCCAGAUCCAGAGUCAAGAGAAUGCAUCGAUGGCUCAGCAGCUCCAGGCAAUUCAAGGGGAGAUGGAAGCGCUGCAGAAAGAGCGAAAGAGUUAUCUAGAAACCGAGGAGAGCUUCAAGGCAUUGAAGAGCACAGUCGCUGAUCUCGUCAAGUCGAAUCAGAAUUUAAAAAGAGUUGGCGACGAAAUGGAGACACGUGUAGAGCUCCUCUCAAAACAAUCGGCUGAUCUGAGGAGCAAGCUGGAGUCUCAAAACCAGGAGAACGCUGUGCUCACUAAAGUUCUCACGGAGUUGAAACAUCAACAUGUUUUGGCGAUCGACGCUCGCGCUGACACGGACAAAGCGCUGCACGAAUGUCGUGAAGCUCUCCAAGAAAAACAGCAAACAGUACAGGAUCUGAAUGUUGAGAGAGCAAACUGUCGUGACCUAAUAGAGAAACUCAAAGAUGAAGUUUCUCUACUAAAAAAAGAAAGGGAAGAGCUGCAGGAGAGAGAGAAACUACUGGUUGAGUAUCCAGAUCUGUACAGAGCAGCUGAUGCUAACCUCACUGGCACUGGUGACAUUGUGCAGGACAUGCAGCGACAGGUGUCGGCUAAUUCGAUCAGGAUUCAGGUGCUGGAGAAGCAGAAUUGCUCGCUGCGCAACUCUCUCUCCAAGCUGCUGGCCGCCAGCAAGAGCAGAGAAAUAUCUCCGGAAAACGAUGCAGAAGCAAGAAGAGAGGGGGAAUGCGAAUCUGAGGAAGCACUUCCAGUCACAACCAAUGGACACAAUGGCAUGAGGAUCUCCUCACGCACAGGGGAUCGCAGUGACAAAGUCGACACAUUAGAAUCAAGCGAGGGCACAUGUGUGUUGAAAACAGCUGCGAGGCAGAGGUUAGAUAGUGCUAGGGGAGACACUGUGGAUUCCGGCAUUGCCCUGCCAGAGACAGCACAAUCUACUUCAGCGUGGAAUGGAGUGCCAGUUGAGGGGAAUUCUAACGCAUGUGUCACUGCGGCUGUGGUGACUCCGCCCAACUCGCUACGGUCAUCUCGAGGCGGCACCACUCCCUGUCCUGACUACAAACGCGGGUCUUCAGCCACGGGUAAAAAUCCAGCAUUGAUUUCGCACACAGACGGACCGCCAUCCGCCCAAACUACGAAUGUCGCCGAGCCCUUACCGAGAAAGAACUCUUCUUCAACCCUGUUAUCCACUUCCGUGACGACAUCUAACGAUGGCAGCUCGACGAAUGCGAAAUCUGUAGGUCAUCGACAGCAAGCGAAAGGAAGACGACUCGCCGCGCACAACGUCAGGAAGGAAGGCGGCGACGGUUCUCCGACGACGGCGAAGCCGGCAUCUUCCGAUGGAGUCGUGAAGCUCUCCUCUCUCAACAGCAGCUGCCUGAACACCUACAUCAAGCUGAAGCGCACCGAGAUGCUGAAGCGAUUUAAUAGCUCGCAGCAUCCGGGGAGCCCGGCGAAGCACUAAAGCCCGCGGGGAUUCACCGCCGAACGAAGAAUGCCCUCGCUCGGAACAAUCAUCUGUUAAUGGAGCACUUGUACGUUUCUUUGUUUGUUGACCUUGUUCGUCGUCUAAGAUUUAAUACAGACCGUCAAACAAUUUUGUAAUUAGCUUGCCUUGACAUCGUCAAGAUGAGCUAUUGCCAUGGGGUGUCGUCCGUCCGUCCGUCCGUCCGUCCAUCCGU